UUAAUCUUCAUUACUUGUCUAGAUGAUAGACAGAACACACCAAGAAAUGUGACAUUGCGAAAGGAUUUAACAGUUCUGAUAAUGGGGAAACCAGAUUUAAUAAUGCUUGAUGGGAAACCUGAAGAAAAAGAAAACGAAGAGACACCGUUAAAUAACACACAAAAUGUUGUACCUAAAAGAACACUAUUAGAAAAAUUUAAAGUCAUGAAGGAUAAUAUCACUGUAGAACCAAUAAUGGCAUGUUACAUUAUGCCUAGUGUUCUAGCAUCUAUUGCAACGCAGAAUUUGAAUUUGGAAAAAGCAUGUUUGGUUAACUUAAACUACAGCACAGAAAUCUGCGAAGCCUUAAAAGCUAGGAAGACAGAGAACUACGAGUAUUAUGAAAAGGAGGUGCAGACACUGAUCGCUAGUAUACAAGCUUGGAAGAAUAUUAUCCAAACAGCGUUUCCAGUUCUCAUCAUACUAUUCGUUGGAGCGUGGAGUGAUAAAACUGGUAAACGAAAAGCGUGUAUCCUUAUGCCAAUCUUUGGCGAGUUUUUAACCUGUAUCGGUUUUAUUAUAAACACAUAUUUCUUCUACGAACUUCCGGCUGAGGUGGCUGCACUUACUGAGUCAAUAUUUCCGGCGUUAACUGGUGGAUGGUACACGAAUUUUAUUGGUGUAUUUAGUUACAUUUGUGAUAUAACAACGGUUGAAGAAAGAACUUAUAGAGUGGGUAUUGUGAACCUUUGCAUGUCUUUAGGGUAUCCUAUCGGGAGUGCCUUAAGUGGAAUUCUUUUGAAGGAAAUUGGCUAUUAUGGUAUAUUUUCUAUAUCGGGAUCACUUUAUGUAUUCAGUUUACUGUAUGGCAUAUUUUAUCUAGAGGAUCCUAAGCCAAAAAAGGUUGAUAAAAAAUACAGUGGAGUGGUUGGUUUCAUUGUGGAGUUUUUCGACUUCGGCUUAGUAACUGAAACGUUUAAAGUGGCUUUUAAAAAAGGAACAGGAAACAGAAGGCUACAUGUUUGCCUAUUGCUGUUCGUGGUUUUUGUUGUUUUUGGACCAUUGCAGGGUGAAUAUACGAUCAUGUAUUUAUUCAUGAGAUUAAGGUUUAAUUGGGAUGAAAUGAAGUUCAGUAUUUGGUCAACAUACAGCAUUGUUACGAAUUUAAUUGGCACCGCCUUUUCAAUGAGUCUUUUUAGUAGCUACUUGAAGAUACACGAUACUAUAUUGGGAGCCAUUUCAUGUAUGAGUAAGAUCGUCGCCUCCUUUGCGUAUGGAUUUGCGAGGAAUGAUCUAGAAAUAUAUUUAGCACCACUGCUGGAAAUAUUAAACGGGACUUCCUUUAUUGCAAUGCGAUCAAUUGCAACGAAACUAGUUGACGGCGAGGAAUUUGGCAAGGUGAACUCCUUAUUUGGUCUGGCUGAGGCUAUGACACCAUUACUGUAUGGCCCACUAUACUCCCAAGUCUACAUUGCCACACUUCAUGUCUUACCUGGAGCGGUAUUCCUUCUCGGUGGAUUCCUUACAUUACCAGCUAUUGCCAUAUUUGGUUGGCUUUAUUAUGAACACAGAAAAGGUGAAAGAAGAAAACAUAUGGAAAAGGCACUUGACGUAGAAGAUAAUCGACAUAAGACUGGCGAUAGUGAUAAUCUAAAAUAAUUUAAUUUUCAUAUAAUAUUACCGUAUUUUAAUUGUUGCAUAAUAACGACGUCUCGUAUUACUUUAUUACUAUAAAUCACAUAUCAUAUAUAAUUGCUAUUUUAAUCAAAUUCUAAAUAGCGAGCGAUAGUAGUAAGUUAGUAGUAAUAGAAAACCUGCUUAGUCUUACAAUGUCGGGAAGAGAAAAAUACAAUGUGUUUUCACUUUAUUAUUAAUUACUAGGCAUUUCAUUCAUUUAGAUAUAUACAUGUAUUCCAUAAGAUGCAUCAUUAUUAAGUUAUUCUAUGUAAAUUAAACCUUUGUUAUUAUAUUGGUUAAUUUUAAAUUACUUGUAAUUGAUAAAAAAUAUUCUACAAAUUAUUCGGUAGGUACUUUAAAUCCAAGCAUUGUUUAUUAACAAUAAAACAAUUGUAAAAUACUCAUUUAGAACUUAGACUUAGUUUAAAAUUGUAUAAUUUCAUGCAAAUAUACUAAAAACUCAAUGUCUUUAAGAGACUACAGAUAUUUUCAUUUUAAGGUCUCGUAGUCGAGACUGGCAAAGCCAAGCGAGUUCUACAAGUAUUAUAGAAUUAGAAUCACAUCUUUACUAUGUUACAGUUUAAAACACAAUAUAUGUAAAUAUUGAGGAUUAAAAAAAGUGUUGAUAAAAUUUUCUUUAUAAAACUGAUUAUUCCAGAACGAUUUUAAUAUAAUUUUGACUGUUUUAACUAGUAACUGCGUACAGUAUACGAAACUCCAUGUAAUAUUCAAACAAGUAACUUUAAUUCAUAUUGAAUUUUUAAAUUAAAUUAUAUUAUAUAUAGUAUUAUAUUACUUCCUUCCGUUCAACUAUAAAUUUAGUUUGAGUUAGCGGGUAAACUCAGUUCUCUCAUUAAGGACUUAAUAAAUAAUUAUCUACAUACUAGUUAAUAAGGUUUUUAUGUAUAUUUAAGGAUUAUUUACUAUAUAUAGUUACAUAAAACUGAGAGUAGCUUAUAUCAAAUAAAGCAAGCAAGCCGUGAUUUUGGAUGAAAUAAAUGUUCAUUAAAACAUAA